UGAAGGUUACACAUGGGCGGGGUGGAGAUAGAAUUUACUGUGUAAACAAGUCAAACCUCCAUAACCAUAUCUUCUCUGAUUAAUCCUAUGCUAUGCUAUGAAUCUGAUACUUUGGUGACCGCCGAUCUUUUCCCUCCCAUUCUCUUCCUUCCUGUAAUCAGUUAUUCCCACGUGACGUGAGUCUCCCUCUCUCCCUCUAUGCGCGAGGACGAGGAGAGGGAGGAGGGAUUAAUGGCGAAGCCAAAUCCAAAUCCAAAUCCAAAUCCAAAGCUGACGAUACUACCUCUAAUCGCCUUGAUUUUCUACGAGGUCUCCGGAGGCCCCUUCGGCGUGGAGGAUUCCGUCAGAGCUGGCGGCGGCCCUCUCCUCUCUCUCCUUGGUUUUCUAAUUUUCCCCUUUUUCUGGAGCAUCCCCGAAGCCCUAGUCACGGCCGAGCUCGCCACCAGUUUCCCCCAAAACGGCGGCUACGUGCUCUGGAUAUCGUCUGCCUUCGGCGAUUUUUGGGGAUUUCAGGAAGGCUUUUGGAAAUGGUUCAGCGGGGUUAUGGAUAACGCCCUUUACCCGGUACUCUUCCUCGAUUAUCUCAAGCACUCUUUCCCGAUUUUCAACCACACCAUUGCCAGGAUUCCUGCUUUGUUAGGGAUCACAAUGUCGUUGACCUACUUGAAUUACAGAGGAUUGCACAUUGUUGGAUUCUCAGCUGUUUUACUCGCUUGCUUCUCGCUUCUGCCGUUUGUUGUGAUGGGCCUUCUGUCGAUCCCCCGGAUUAGGCCCAGGCGCUGGCUGGCGUUGGAUCACGCCAAGCUGGAUUGGAGGGGCUACUUCAAUAGCUUGUUUUGGAAUCUGAAUUACUGGGACAAUGCUAGUACGUUGGCUGGGGAGAUUGAGAAUCCCAGUAGGACCUUUCCCAGGGCGCUGCUGGGGGCGGUGGUGCUGGUCGUGUGCUCCUAUUUGAUCCCUCUGCUUGCUGGGACGGGCGCUGUGGAGACCGAUCCCACUGAGUGGACUGACGGUUACUUCGCUCAGAUAGGGAUGCUCAUCGGUGGUUCUUGGUUGAAGUGGUGGAUCCAGGCUGCAGCCGCCUUGUCCAACAUGGGCUUGUUUGAAGCUGAGAUGAGCAGCGAUGCCUACCAGCUGCUGGGGAUGAGCCAGAUUGGGAUGCUCCCUUCUGUUUUUUCUAUCAGAUCAAAAUACGGGACUCCCACAUUCAGCAUUCUGUGUUCUGCAAGUGGCGUCAUAUUCCUCUCAUGGAUGAGUUUCCAGGAGAUUCUUGAAUUUCUAAACUUCCUCUACGCCGUUGGAAUGCUGUUCGAGUUUGCAGCCUUCAUCAAGCUGCGAAUACAGAAGCCAGAACUACACAGGCCUUACAAAGUCCCCUUGGAUACAUUUGGUGCUGCGAUGCUCUGCCUGCCUCCGGUGUUGUUGCUCGUUUUGGUGAUGUGUCUUGCGUCCUUGAAGACGUUCAUAGUGAGCGCUGCUGUUAUCUUUCUGGGAUUUGUUUCGUAUCCCGUCUUGAACCAUGCAAAGGAGCAGAAUUGGAUCAAGUUCAACACAGAUGAAACUACAUUAAGGCCAUCAACUGACUCUGAUCUUGAAGGCCAUUUGGAGCAUCAAGAGCUCACCGAUGAGGAAUCUCACAACCUUCUAGCAGAUUUUCCGUCUUCUACAACCGGCCAAGCUUCGGCUGUUGUCUCCUCGGAGGGGGACCCAAAGUUGGAGUAGAAGGUAACUAUAUAUAUCGAUGCUCUACAUGCUUUUAGCAGUAGCAGUUUAUAUAAAGGAAAAAGAUCUUGAUUUUUUCA